GGUAUGAGCUGGACCUGUCGGCGUAUAACGAAGCAUGGCCAUGAGCCAACCACAUCAAACAUACCUGAGUUAACCAUGGUUAAACCAUCCUGGUUAACCUCCAUAACCAGAAACUCAGAUACUCUUCUUCCAAAACACACCAGAAAAGCAAAGUCAGUUGCAGAGAGUACACACGUAGUGAUAUCUGUACUAUAAACCCUAGAAUCUCUGCAACAAUGGCGGAGUAGGAAGCUUCUUCUCACUCAUUAUUCCCCUUUUUUGCUUUGGAUCUAAGAUUCAAGCCUUGAAGUUUAGAAAAUGGCGGGCCAGGAGCUUUCCCGUGCUUUUUUUUGAGGAGGUUUUGACCUUGAAAACUCUGUUACAAAUGGGAAUAUAAGAGCCCUUUUUUAGUGCCUUUUUUUUGGAAGAGAUCACCAUUCUGUUUGGCUUUGUGGAUCUACAUUACGGAGUCGAGUAUGGAUCAGUAUGAAUUAAUGGAGCAGAUCGGGAGAGGAGCAUUUGGAGCUGCGAUUCUCGUGAAUCACAAGAUAGAGAGGAAGAAGUAUGUUCUAAAGAAGAUUCGUCUGGCAAGGCAGACUGAUCGCUGCAGGAGGUCCGCACACCAAGAGAUGGCUCUUAUUGCUCGCAUUCAACACCCUUACAUAGUGGAGUUCAAGGAAGCAUGGGUCGAGAAGGGCUGUUAUGUAUGUAUCGUGACAGGAUAUUGUGAAGGGGGAGAUAUGUCUGAGCUGAUGAAAAGAUCAAAUGGGACAUUGUUCCCUGAGGAGAAACUGUGCAAAUGGUUCACGCAACUAUUAUUGGCUGUGGAAUACUUGCAUUCCAACUUUGUUCUACAUCGAGACCUCAAGUGUUCAAAUAUUUUUCUCACCAAGGACCAGGAUGUUCGGCUUGGUGAUUUUGGACUUGCUAAAACACUGAAGGCAGAUGAUCUGGCUUCUUCGGUGGUGGGCACUCCCAACUACAUGUGUCCGGAGCUUCUGGCAGAUAUUCCUUAUGGUUUCAAGUCAGAUAUAUGGUCUCUAGGUUGUUGCAUGUAUGAGAUCACUGCCCAUCGUCCGGCUUUCAAAGCUUUUGAUAUGGCCGGAUUGAUUAGUAAGAUAAACCGUUCUUCCAUUGGUCCUUUGCCUGCAUGCUACUCCUCUUCCUUGAAGACCCUCAUCAAGAGCAUGUUAAGAAAGAAUCCAGAGCAUCGACCUAGUGCAGCUGAGAUCUUAAGGCAUCCAUAUCUGCAACCUUAUGUGGAACAAUACCGGGUUAUAUCUGAUCCUAUAGCUUGCCCCCCUUCCCAGAAGCCAAAUUACAAUAAUCGACAUGUUCAACCUGCUCAAAGCAGAAGCAGCAGCAUUUCUAGUAAUGAUAAAGAUAGCUUGCAUUCAACUGGUAAGAGCAGAGACCAAGUUGGUUUCGAACAGAAGGCCACUGAUACUGAAACAGCUUUAACUGAUGAAGGAUUUGAGUGUGCUGAUAACCCUCUUGUUGAAGAAUGCAUUACCAGCAAUUCCACUAAGGUGAUUGAUGAUUUAGAAGUAGCAAAAGUGUUACUUGAGGAUCAGAGGCCUAAGCAGUUGAAACCAGAGAAGAAUUUGUUAACGGUUUUGAAAGAGGAAGCUAGGAGUAGAGAGAACAGCUCCCCAUUGAGAGGAAACCGCGUAAAGGUUAGUGUUGCUUCGAGUCAGAAGACUAAUGCAGAGAUGUCAACGAGAUAUGCUAGUGCUAUUUCUGCCAGUCCAAAGACUAACAUGGAGACACCACCCAUGGUUCCUAAGCCCAAUAGUGAUUCAGUGAAACGAGCCCAGAGCGCGCAUCCUUUAAAGCAUCUGUUGCCUGUUGCUGAGUCUACACCAAGAAUCAAGGCUAGACAUGAAGCAACUUCUCCUGCUGGUCCAUUAAAACAAGUUGCAGAAGAUGGAUCUUCUAGUAAGCCAAAGUCAAGGCCACCUUCAUCCAGUCUAGUAAGAAGAAUUUCUCCUCCGCAGAUGACAAAACCUAUAGAUCAAGAAAUUCCAAGCCCUGGAGUAAAUGCUAUCAAUUGUGCCCCAAGGGAGUUCAAUCAAGCUCCUGAAAAGAUUUCCACAGAGUCAAGUAAAGGAACACUAAUAGAUCGCAACAGUCCAAAAACAUCUCCAAAUCCAACUCACGAUUUUGUUACUAGGUUAACCCAAAAGGAUUUACAGAGUAACCAAAAUCAGUCGCACAAUAUGCGAAACCAAAAACAGUGUGUUCUUCGAACAGAGAAUUUGGAAAUCCAUCCUCUUGGACCUGAGACUUCGUCUGACGUAAGCCAUGGAUCCUUAUCUUCCACUACCCAGAAUCUUGAGGACAAUGGAGAAGAAGAGGUUAUUCAGAGAGACAACCAAGGAAUUCUUAACAGGAGAGAAAAUCAAGAAGUCGAGCCAAGUGAAGGCCCCAUUUCUCUCUCUAACCGUGACCAGGAGUGUCCUCACAAAGAUGAGCUCUCGGUAAGUGGACCCAGUAGGGUGGACUUAACAUCUGACUCCUCCAUUUCAACACCAAUUGGGGACGAUAAGUUCACAGUGAGAGAGCUUCUGUCAUCGAUAACAGAGGGUUCUUCUGGUCCGGUCUUGACCCCCCAAACAAACCCACACUUUGAUUUUGAACAGAGCGGAACUAAGAAGUGCCCUUCUCAAGACCAAAUCAUUGAGAAGCCAAAACCUGUUGCCAAGUCGGCAUUUGAUGAUGUAAUCCAUGUUAUAAGGCACAGUAGUUUUAGAGUGGGGAGCGAGCAGCCAAUUAUGGAAACUGUUGAAUUGGGGGUCCAAAAUAUGGAUGUGGGAAAAUUACUAAAUGUAGUGAGAGAAGAGGGCGAGGUUCGAAACCAGGGAAAUUUGAAGCCUAACUGUGUAGAAAGUCACAAGGAAGAGAGUUCCAUGAAAGAAGCUCUUGAUGUGAAGUCUUACAGACAGAGGGCAGAUGCUUUAGAGGGCCUUUUGGAGCUUUCAGCUGAUUUACUUCAACAAAACAGGUUAGAUGAGUUAGCUGUGGUGCUCAGGCCUUUUGGUAAGGACAAGGUUUCUCCAAGAGAGACUGCAAUUUGGUUAGCUAAAAGCUUGAAGGGGAUGAUGCAAGAUGACGGAAACAGUGGGCGCUCUUCUUGAGUCUCUUUUUCUUUAUUGUCUAGGUAUGUUACCAAUUCUCCAUAGCACCUCGUUGCUGGGUAAUAAAAUCUUUUGUUGCACUAGAAUGAGAGGUCUGGUUGUCCCCUCUCUCUCUCUUGUUCCCCAUUUUUUGACUCAAUGGUCAGUGUCUGAUCAUGGUUUAGUGAAUGAGAAAAUUCUCAUUGUUGUUUAGAUGUGUCUUGUUAAAUAUAUUUUGUUAACUAGCAAAUGUAUUAAUGAAAGCAAAUUAUUUUUAGUCA